UGGGAGGAGAACAGGUGAGCUCCAUCGAACGUGGACUCUGCGUGCUGCUCGGGAUUUCAGUGGAGGACACACAGAAAGAUGCUGAGUACAUGGUGAGGAAGAUCCUGAACCUGCGGCUGUUUGAGGACGAGAGCGGCCGGGCGUGGAGUAGGAGCGUGAUGGAGCGAGAGCUGGAGGUUCUGUGUGUGAGUCAGUUCACACUGCAGUGCAUCCUGAAGGGCAACAAACCCGACUUCCACGCUGCCAUGCCCGCCGGGCCGGCCCAGAACUUCUACAGCAGCAUCCUGGAGAACCUGAGGAGCGCCUACAGACCUGACAGGAUUAAAGAUGGAGAGUUUGGAGCCUUAAUGCAGGUCCACAUUCAGAACGAUGGACCGGUCACCAUCGAGCUGACCUCACCCCCCAGAACCACCGACCCGAAACAGCUGUCGAAGCAGGAGAAGCAGCAGCAGAGGAAAGAGAAGACGCGCUCUAAAGGACCCUCAGAGUCCGGCAGGGACAAGUGGGGCCCGCGGUCCAAAGAGGACCCCRACACCAGCAGCGGGGCCGAGGGGGACGUGUCCUCAGAGAGGGAGACCUGAAGACAGGACAAAAAAAACUGAGACCAGUUCCAUCAGGAUCUUGUCCUGGUCUGAAGACCUCCUGGGUCCAGAAUUAGCAACAGCCCGUCUAACGUCCUACAGAGUCCCCUCAGAGACACAGUCCUCUCAGUCCAUCAGAGUCAAGCAGGACAGUUGUCUCAGUUUUAUGAGACUAAAGGAUCCAGCAGGACCAGGACCAGGACCAUCCGAUGGAUCAGCAGAACUUUACAUCCUGAGUGUUUUCAGAUGAUCUGACAAAGUAAUGAAAGUGGACGGACCAGAAACCUGUCUUUAAAUACCAACCAUUAGUCGUCCAGCUGAUGUCCUCCUGUCCAGCAGGGACGUGUUUUUCAGGGUUUAUAAUUAAAAUAAAUUUAUUGUCUGUUUAA